AUGGUAAUCCUUUCCCGUUUUGUAUCCAGUGGAUUCGGUCUCUUCCAGCCCUUGGUGGCUGCGUUGAUACAGAGUCAGUACACCUUCGCAAAGGGGUUGACGGCCGUACAAGCCCAGAGAGAAUUGGGACCACUGCUCUCCUCCACGACGUCCAUUUUCGGGCCUGUGGAUUCUCGGUGGUUUAAUGUAACGGAAAGGUAUCAAUGUUAUGCGCCUCCGCAGAUUCAGCUUGUGGUGCAGCCAGGACGGGAAUCUGAUAUCUCGACUAUAGUCCAAUAUGCCAAUAACAAUAGCGUUGACUUCCUUGUGGUCAAUCGAGGUCAUGCGUUGACCUCCACCAUCGGAGAAUUUACAGGCAUUCAAAUCGACGUGAGAAGCUUGAAGGAUAUCGUUAUUCAGCCAGAUGGAAAGGCUGCGCGUCUCCAGGCAGGAACUUAUAACCAUGAGCUGAUUAAAACGCUUUGGGAGCACGGAUACGUUGCAACUUCUGGAACCUGCAGCUGCGUUGGAAUGGUCGGCCCUGCCCUUGGGGGUGGUCAUGGGCUGUUCCAAGGACGAUACGGCUUGAUAAGUGACAAUAUUGUCAGCCUCAAUGUUGUGUUGGGGAAUGGGACAGCCACCACGGUCAAUGCAACGCACAAUUCCGACCUGUGGUGGGCUAUGCUAGGCGCAGGACAUAACUUUGGAAUCGUCACUAGCUUUGACCUGAAGAUUUACCCUGCUGAGAAGCGUGCUUGGUAUUACAGGGAAUAUGUCUUCACCGGGGACCACCUAGAGACACUAUUCAAAGAGCUAAACAAGUUCCACAACAACGGCACCAUGGCCCAAACGGUGGCCGGAAGUUUUGGUGUGAUUCCUGAUACUGAAAGUAUGUGGGCUGUUAUUAUAUGGACAUUUGUCUAUGACUGCAGUCAAGCAGACGCAGAGCCAUCCCUAGCGCCGUUUGAUUUAUUGGGUGCCAUCUCACAUAAAGAUGGAGAUGUUAUGUAUCCGGAAGUCCCAGAUGUGUUGGGGAGUGGUCUGACGUCUGACCUCUGCGCGGCGAACAAAACCCAUAUCAUCGCCACGGCCGGUCUUCAGGUUUACAAUAUUACUGCGCAGCGUCAGAUUUAUGACCUGUUCAAUGAAAAGGUCGUCGGACAUGCGGAACUUAGGACAGCACGGGUGGUCCACGAGGGCUACGCCGUCGAAGGAGUUCGCCGUAUAGAGGCCGACCAAUCCGCAUAUCCGCUGCGGCAGGAUAAUCUCCUGAUGUACUUUGAUGUGGCCCUCAAAGCGAAUUCGGAACUGGAAGCUUUUGCCCGGGAAUGGGCCAAAGAAACUCGUGACUUGUGGAAUGCAGGGCAACCGUGGCGUCGUCCGACAACCUACGUAAACUAUGCUUUUGGGGACGAAUCCGUGGAGUCCAUGUAUGGCUAUGAGCCCUGGCGCCUGGGGAAAUUGCGCGCUCUCAAGGCUCAAUAUGACCCUGAGAACCGACUCUCCUAUUACAACCCCAUUAUUCCUCGCGCUUAG